AUGGCUUCUCGUAUCCAGAUUCCUCUCGACGUCCUGACGUCGCGCCUGAAUAUUCAGGAUCGCUUCGCCGGAUUUCGUAACACCUCUCUCUCUAGUCGGUUCGCCAAUAUGCGUCCCGUCAGCGAGUUCCUCGACUUCAAGCGUUUGUCUAAACCGGAGAACUUCGGUGAGGUUCAGUCGCGUGUCAAUUACAACUUAGGCACCUUCUCGAGCAAUUACCUCCUGGUUAUUAUUCUCCUCAGCGUUUACGCCUUGAUUACGAACCCCCUUCUGCUCUUCGACAUUAUACUUCUAGGUGGUGGACUGUGGCUCCUUGGCCGACUUAACGGACAGGACCUCACCAUUGGUACCUUCCAAGCCACGUCCUCCCAGCUGUAUACCGGAUUGCUCGUCACCUGUGGUCUUCUAUUUCUUAUUGCGUCACCUUUCACCACUGUCCUAUGGUUGAUCGGUGCAAGCGGUCUAGGUGGUCGGCCGCGAGCUCCCAAAUCUGCGCCCCAAUGGGGAAGACCAUCGAGGCGCCCGCGAAGAGGACGGGGAGAAGAGGAGGAAGACAACAUAUGGGGUACUGGGCGCCGCGUUGUGGAAGAGUUAGGUAGCGAGAACGAUGUGGAUACACAAGGUACUGAUUUGGUAACGACUUCUGGUAAUAGGCGAUUUGCCAGUGAUCCACUUCGGUUUACUGGAAUAGAUUUGAGCAGUGGUAGCCAGCCACGGAAUGGUUAUGCUUAUCAGCAUUCGGAUGACGAAAACGACUCAACGGAAGACGACUCGGAGGUGGCAUCUGAAGAGGAGGAAGAUGAGGACGAUGAGAACCAAGCGCUUAGGAGGGAGCUUGACGAGGCUCUAGUACAAUCGGCCCUUUCAAGGAUACGGAGAGCCCAAGCCAAGGGCAAGGCGGAUGUUAAGCUGAACAAGGAGGAGCUUGCGGCUCUUGAACGAAGACGAAAACGUUUACAGGCUGAAGCAGAAGCAGCAAAACGACGCGGUGGAGGUGAUCGGAAGCGCAAGGAAAAGGAGCAGCGAUAUGCUGUUCCCCUUUCACAAUUCGAUGAUCCUCAAUCGGGUUCAGAGCAAAACCAACUUGCCCCUCCCAUGGGACGUUUCCCUCCACCUAACGCCUCACAUUCACGUCCUCGUUCGGGCGUAUCAUCUACGUCCUCUACUCGUCGUCCCCAGUCUAUAGUGCGAGACUCCCCUCCUUUCGACUAUCAAUACGUACAUGCACCCCCUAAUCAACGCCAUGCCUCGGAUCCCACAGCAAAGCCUUCGUCUUCACGCACAUCCCUUACAGAAAUCAGAGAUCCCUUCCAAUAUCAAACUGCGGGUCCACGUGCGCUGUAUGCUGAUGGAGUUGCGGCCGCCAGACUUGACGCAGCGGGCAGGACUGCUCCUGCAGAUAGGAGCAGUUCGAGGCACCCCAGAAGCAGGGAGGAGAGGAAUAGGCACGAACAGGAGGAUGAGACAACUAGUGACGAUGGAGCGAACGAUGCACGGCUUUCAAGAGAAAGGAGUCGAGACGAAAUUGUGAUGCAAACAUCCCCUUCACCCGAACGUACCAAGAGUAAAAAGUCUUCGCCGCCCAUUGCAGCUGCGAAACGGAAAGCGGUUGCCCCUAAAAAAAGGAAAGGGAAAUAA